AUACAGUUUUACGAGAGAAGAACGUAUUUAUGCAGUUAUGUAAUUAAUUCAUGAGACGGCGUUUGUGAAAUAUGGAUCUGUCAUUUUUAUGCUGCUGAAGUAUAUUCUAAAUAACCAUGAUGUGGGACGAAGCAACGAGUCUACAUGAAUAAUGCACGUGUGCGUUUGAAUGAUUUAAAGUUGAGACACAGCCUUUUCUAGGACUUAACGUGCGCUGAUGAUCAGAUUGCUCAAUUUAUCUUGGUUGUGUCAUUAACCCGCUGCAUCUAAGCCGUAGCUGCUGCCAUUCGAGACGAAGUUACACAAUUGUUAUUACGUGUAAUUGAGGCGCUCAUCAAGAGCGUACUAUCAAUGGAUUAACUAGGAGCUGAAAUUAACGUUUUUUUUUCUGAUCAAACUACAGUCGUAUAUAUAGAUUUUGUAGUAACACUCAAGAGACUACGAGAAUAGCCAAGCAUGAACAUGACGGAAAAGCACGGAUAUGACAUGUUUAGUACCAGUGACAUUCUGAACUUUCACGCUGGAACAGGUGAAACGUUGUUCUUUGAAAAGUGGCUAGUCAGUCAGGAUAAACAGUUCUUGGUAACCUGUGUCGCAGUGUUUUUUCUUGCCUUUUUCCAUGAAGGCCUCAAAGCGUUGGUUGAUUACGUCAAGAUGAGCAGAGACCGAGUCUAUGACGCCACGCAAUCUGCCACUGUGCGACAGACUUCAGAAAAAGACAAAACGGAAAAGACCGGAAACGCUGAAAGCAUGGGUCACGAACCGAGGUCAUUCAGUCGAUCUUUUUGUGCGUUCCACGUUCUUCAUUCCCUCCUGUACAUGAGCCAAAUGUUCACUGCAUAUACCCUUAUGAUAAUCUUCAUGACCCUAAACGUCUGGCUUUGCACUUUGGUAUGUCUCGGGACUGGCAUCGGUAUGCUGCUAUUCAGAUUACCACUCUGUCCGAUGCAGUCGCCAUCUAUGGACAGUAAAGAGAACGAUGGAAAGGGAAAAGAUUGAAGUUGGUCUUGACAUGGUUGAUUUAUUACCAUCCGUCAUUAUCAAAGACGAAAUAAGGAUUUGUGAUAGAAUUAUCUAAUGGAAUAUGUGGACAAUAUUUAUCUAUUAAUAUAUCAUGUAUAUCAAAGUCAUAAUAUAUAUAUAUAU